AUGACUGGGCCGAGUGAUGCCAUCGUCGAGACUGGCUCGCAUAAAUCGCCCGUCACUGAUACUAAGUUCGCUGGAGAUGAUACGCCUAGGCGUGCUGAUGGUAUUACCGGGUUGUACGAGGGAAAUGUCUUCGAGGCAUCACCGGAAAACCGUCGCCAACUCGGUGUAUUUAGCGCAUCGCUUUUGAUCUUCAAUCGGGUUAUUGGAACGGGUAUCUUUGCUACACCUGGUACCAUCCUUGCUCUAUCUGGGAGUGUUGGUCUCUCGCUGUUCAUGUGGGUAUUCGGUACUGCAAUUGCCAUGGCUGGCACGGCGGUUUAUCUGGAAUGGGGAACUGCGAUUCCAAAAAACGGCGGCGAAAAGAACUACCUCGAAUAUGUCUACACCAAACCCAAAUUCCUCGCAACAGCCAUGUUCGCCGCCUACGCAGCCCUACUAGGCUGGGCAGCAAGCAACAGCGUCGUUUUCGGCGAGUAUAUCCUCCACGCAGCAGAUAUCGAGGUCGGAAGAUGGAACCAGCGUGGAAUUGGAAUGGCAUGUCUCUCUGCCGCCUUUCUUAUCCAUGCUGUCGCUCUGAAAUGGGGUAUUCGUCUUCAGAAUCUGCUUGGUGUUGUCAAGUUGAUGAUCAUUCUCUUUAUUAUUGUUGCUGGGUGGGUUGCUUUGGCCGGUCAUACCAAAGCUCCUACACCGCAUAAUUUUUCUGAUGCUUUUGCUGGUACAAAGGGGAGUGGGUAUAGUAUUGUUAUGGCGCUUUAUAAUGUUAUUUGGUCGUUUAUUGGGUAUUCCAAUGCCAAUUAUGCCCUGAGUGAGACGAAAAAUCCAGUCCGCACGUUGAAGAUUGCGGCACCUGUUGCUGUUGGAUCUGUUGGCAUUUUGUACAUGCUUGUUAACAUUGCCUAUUUCGCUGCUGUUUCCAAAGAGGAGAUGCUCAGCUCUGGCAGUGUUGUUGCUGCUGUGUUCUUUGGGAAUAUGUUUGGCAAACAGGCUGAGAAGGUCAUGUCAGUCUUUGUUGCUCUUUCUGCGUUUGGAAAUGUGCUAUCCGUUAUCUUCUCGCAAGGUCGAAUUGUCCAAGAGCUUGGUCGUGAAGGCAUACUGCCCUUCUCCAAGAUCUGGGCUAGCAAUUGGCCCUUCCACUCUCCAGCAGCCGGCCUGCUUGAGCAUUACAUCGUUUCAGUCAUCAUCAUGCUUGCUCCUCCCCCAGGUGAUGCCUACAACUUCCUAGUCAACCUGAUCUCAUACCCUCUCUCUAUUGUCAACUUUUUCGUCUCCGCCGGCCUUGUUUACAUCUACAUCACCAAAGAGAAGAAGUUCCCUAACUGGGCACCCGGAAUUCGCGCGACUCUGCCCGUCACAAUCUUCUUCAUGCUGUCGAACCUGUAUCUUGCAAUUGCACCAUAUGUGCCCCCGAGUGCAGGCCAAAAUGUGUACGAGAAGCUUCCCUAUUAUUUGCACUGUGUUGUGGCCCUGGGACUGUUUGCUGCGGGUGCAAUCUACUACCUUGUUUGGGCUGUGUUGUUGCCAUGGUAUGGGGGUUAUGUGCUUGUCAAGGAAUCUGUUGUCGAUGCCGAUGGAUGGUCUCAAAGUGUUUUUACGCGACUACCAUUAGCUGCAGCAAAAAGCUCCUAG